ACAAAGAAGACAUUCCGAUAUUUCUAAAAAUGGUUUUAUAUUUUAUUAUGUUUGGUACAUUGGGAACUGUUUCUGCAAUUUAUAUAAUUCGAAAAAUUCGUGAAUUACAAUGGGGCUGGGUGAAGUCUACUUCGUCGUUAAAGGACAAAUUAUUUAUUAUAACUGGAGCAAAUACCGGCUUGGGAUAUGAAACUUCAAAACAUUUGGUCAAAAGGGGUGCUAAGGUAAUUUUGGCUUGCCGAGAUUCUACAAACGCCGAACAGGCGAUUUCAAAAAUUCGCCAGUAUACUGGAAAUGGUGAAAUGUCUUUUAUUAAAUUGGAUUUAAGUUCAUUUGAAUCAAUUAAAACAUUCGCUAACACAAUUAAAUCAGACUACCCAAAUUUCGAUUGCCUUAUAAAUAACGCCGGUUUAGCAAAAAAAGAGCAUUCUCUAACAGCAGAUGGAUUUGAAAUGCAUUUCGGUGUUAAUUAUUUAGGACAUUUUUUGUUAUAUAAUUUGCUAGAAGAUAAUGUCCGACGGAAUAAAUCCAGAGUAGUUGUUGUCACUUCAUCUUUGCAUGAGCGUGGGAAAAUUGAUUUUAAUGAAUUUACUAAUACAAAUACAAAUCCGGAAUCCAACAGCCGUCAUAACAAAUACUAUGCUAAUUCAAAAUUAGCAAAUUUUUAUUUUGCUAGAGAAUUAUAUAAGCGAGGAGUGGAUUGUCAUACUCUUUGCCCAGGAUUGUGUUAUACAUCCCUUUUUAGAGACUACAAACCGAAAUGGUAUCAUUUUGUAGCUUUUUCACCAGUUAUAUGGCUUAUGUUACGAACAGCUGAACAAGGCGCACAAAGCAUAAUACAUUGUGCAACAGAUAAUAUAAAUACAGAGGAAUUAAAUCCAUAUACUGGGUAUUACAUCAAAAAUUUGAAGCAAACUAAGUCAAAACACGUAUUCGAAGAUGUAAUUUCAACACGUUUAUAUGAAGAGAGUUUAAGGUUGUGUUCAAAGUAGAAAUAUUUUAUUCGCCUUAAUUGGAUGUAGGUAUGUAGGUACAAUGUGGAAAGAUUGUAUAAAUAGUUUAUUAAAUACAUAAAUAUUAAAUUUUAAAAUGAAUUUUAAUUUAUUAUUAAACACUUGUAUGUAAUAAAGUAAAGGGAGGAAUUAUUAAAG